UGGAACUAGCAACACGUUAACAGAUGGAAAUUCCUGAUUCUAAGUACAAGUAUGGGAUUGUUGUGGAUUCAGGAUCCUCUGGAUCCCGACUUCAAGUAUACAGGUGGCCAGAUCCCAAGUAUGUUGCCAAAAAUACUAAGGAACCAUCGAUCCUCCAGUCCCCACCCAAGAUCACCCAAGAGCCAAACUGGUCAAUGAAAACCACACCUGGUAUAUCAACCUAUAGCAACAAGGUUAAGAAAAUAUGGCCAGAUCAUUUCAAGAAAUUGAUUAAGUUUGCUGAGGAAAUUGUGCCCAAAGAUAAGCAAUCAGAAACACCUAUUUUUGUUUUAGCUACUGCCGGUAUGAGACUCUUGACCCCCAAAGACCAGAAAAAGCUAUUGUCACAAACUUGUUUGGAGUUAAAGAAGAAUUCCAAGUUUGUGAUUCAUAACUGUGGAGACCACAUUCAAAUCAUUGACGGAGAAACAGAAGGGAUCUAUGGAUGGGUUGGUUUGAACUAUUUGAUGAAUCAGUUGGAGAAUUAUGAUGGCAAAGAUGCUGCUCACGAGUCAAUAGGUUUCAUGGACAUGGGAGGUGCUUCAACGCAAAUUGCGUUUGUGCCUUCAUAUGCGGAAGACAUUAAAGAACACAGAGAGGAUAUUUCUCGGGUAACGUUGAGGAAUGUUAACGGUCUAACCCAAGAAUGGAAUGUGUUUGUGGAAACCUGGUUGGGAUUCGGGGCUAACCAAGCACGCAAGAGGUACCUUUCCCAAUUGGUUGAGCUAUCGAAGAUCAAUUCGAACGUGGGAACCCUGUUGAAUGAUCCCUGCUUGCCUAAGAAUGCAGAGAUCUCCUACGAUCAUGAUGGAACCUCUUAUAAAAUCAGUGGUAUAGGAGACUACGAGAUGUGCAUAAGGACCAUUUACCCAUUGUUAAUGAAGAAUGUACCGUGUAAAGAAGAACCUUGUUUAUUCAAUGGUGUCCACGCUCCCAGGUUGAACUUUGAUAAAGACAAAUUUGUAGGUAUUUCUGAAUACUGGUACACUGCUAACGAUGUGUUUCAAAGUGGAGGCGAGUACAAUUACCGGAUUUUCAAUGAGCGAGUGAAGAAGUACUGUGAACUGAACUGGGCCGAUAUAUUGGAGAAUUCUGGUAAAGGUGAAUACUCAAAAUUGGAUCCAGAUAAGUUUUUGAAAGAUGCAUGUUUCAAAGCUAGUUGGGUUAUCAAUAUUCUACACGAAGGAUUUGAUUUACCCAGAUUAGACUUAGAAUUACCAAAGGAAGAUGUAGUUGAAGGAGAAGAGAAAGAGAUCACCAAGGUUCAUGUUCCUUUCAAAUCUACAGACGCCAUCGAUGGUAACGAGCUUUCUUGGACGUUAGGAAAGAUGCUCUUGUAUGCAUCUUCAGAGAUUCCCUCCAAAGAGAAGGAUGGUCUGAAUAUUGGUGUCUAUCCAAGUGAAAUAUCAGGAAAGAAGUUUGUUCCGGCUGGAGGGUUUAUUGAUGGCAAAGGGUACGAUAGUGAUGACGAUGACAAUGAUAAGGGAUUCUUGUUGCCGUUAUUGGUUUUUCUUUUGCUUAUGUUUUUGGUGUAUAACUUUGCCAAGGGCAAGGUGGCAUUUCCAAAGCACAGAAGGUUCAACCAAGCCAAAAAGCUAUUUUUUGAAAUGAUUCUGAAAGUCCCUGGUUUAAACAAUGUGUUGGAAGCCCAACUUCGCUAUAAUGAGCUCAAUCGCAACGAUAUGGAUAUAACCUUGGAAGAAGGAGCAUUGGGGUCCUCACAAUCUAGCCCGAACCUUACCCAACUUAGAACCCGAUCAGCUAUUAAUUUGAGCGAAGGAGAUAACUUUGCUGAAGGUACCAUUAACCCUCAGACAAACUUUUUGAAUAAACCGUUUGCUAUGCCUAAAAAGAGCCCAUUUUUCCAAUCCCAAAAUAACAGUAGAGAGUCUCUCCAAAGAAGCGUGAGCAAUAUGUCGGUACAAAAAUCUCGGAAUAUAGAUUGAGAAAAUUACAAAGACACCUACUUUUGUUUGAUUUGACUAAUUCAACUGAGAGGAUUAAACCAGAGAUAGACACUCACUUUAGCUAUAUUUGACUACUGCUAUCUAUGUUAUUCUUGCGGUUAUUUACUUGUUUGACUUGUUUACUGACGGUUCAGUAUAUCACUGCUUUGCCUGUGUUGAAGCCACAAAGCGAAAUGAGAUUGGCUCCAAGAGACUCGGUCGAGUUUGUUCUUGGAGGCGAAGAUAUUGCCAAAGCCGCCAAGUAUGCGCGUUACAAGAUUCCUGAAGUAGCUCAUGAGUGGAAGGACUCAUUUAAAACCAAGCUUGCUAAUAAGUUGUUAAACACAGGCAAAAACGAGCCCGACAUUGCACAGAAGCACACCAUUAUUAACUCAGAUUUAAUAGAACUCUUGGAAGAUGGCCAAUACCGUCUCAUCAAACAGAACGGAGACGUUCAAGUUGGUGAUAUGGAAGAUGAACCACCUCGGCGUCCACGGCCAAAGAGUCUUAAGACCAACCCCAAGGAUCUUGGCAUCAAGAAUCAUCAAGCAUUCAAGCAAAAAACUACUUACCAGGACCCAUUUGAAGCAUAAUGCUAGCCAUUCAUAGGUAUAACUACAUAGAUAUAAUAUAUUUGCAACCAAUUGAUUUUGCGA